AUGAUUCCUCUUCAGGACCAGAAGAAAAAUGACAAUAACGAACGGAGACGAGCGCAGAUGACUGCUCAUUCAGAAACAUUUGUGAAAGUCAACGAAAAUAAAGUGGAACAUAAAGGCGGUGCUGAUGGAACGAUUCAAAAGGGUAAAACAAAACAGGAUAAUGUUCUGGAAGAAAAAUUGUGCAAACAAAAAUUGUCCGUAAAAACUAAAGAAGAACUGAAAAGAAAUGAGAAAAUUUCUAAAAAGGACAUGCAUGAAUCAGCAAAAGAAGAUUUCUAUAGGUCUCAAUCAACGCAACUCCUCACAAUCAGCACGAAAGAGCCAAAUUUGUUGUUGCUACCAAAGGGAUCAGCAGAAGAUUUUAUCGCUGAUUCAACACAAGAUACAUUGACGUCGGAUCGUACGCAGCAGUUCAGUGACAGGUCGAUGUUGGAGGAAACGUCAGAUAUAUCAAAAUCGUCUUCGAAUGUUGUCAAGAGAGCAGAGGAUUUAGGAACGAGCUCAGAAACUGUGCGAGUAACUGUAUCAAUGACGAAGGUCGAGAGUCCUUCUGAGGCAACUUCUGAGGCAACAAGUAGUAAAACAAAGUCGAUUAUGAAAACAACUUCAUCUGGUGAUGACGAUGUGAGUAGCGUUGGAAAUGGUCAGCACACCGCUGAUCUCUCACAGUUAUCGAGUAAUCAAGAUAGUACCACUGAGACACAUCCAAGUAUAACCAGUCGAAGGAUCGCUCGUCAUCUAUCGAAUGGCUCGAUUCGCGAUGAAACAUCAAAAUCUGAUUUCGAAAAGACACGAUCCAGUAAACGCGUAACAAACCGCAGAGAAAGACAAUGUGAUUCAAGAAAUCAGUCGAAUAAACAUGUACCAUUACGCACUCAACAAUUGCGGUUAUCUCGUUUGCAAUCGUUCAACGUGAAUCCUACAAAACGACCCCUUGUAUGGACUCAACCACAACAACGCAAACCAAUUAUGAUCGCAUCAAAAGAUCAGUAUACCCUCCAAAAAACACAAUGUUCACAGGAUACUACUACCAGCAGGAGUCCUACUAUUCAACCGAAACGAUUAUUGAAAAGACAAACAAAGCUGUCGAGCGGUACUGAAUCAACCGAAGAAAGUUCGAAAUCUCGAAAUAUCCAGGUCAGACCGAGAAGAAUACCGAUUAAAGUGAAUCCAGUUAGACUGAAGAUUCCAGUGAAACGCAAUCCGAAAUCAUGA